GCUGCAGGGCUAUAUAUUGCCAUGGAGUGAGUAAGUUUCGGCUGUGUAGGCUACGUCCAUGUACUUGGGCAAUACGAAAAACAACUCGCUGUAUUCAACAAGAUGAGUGCCUCGGUCAAAGCAGAUAUGGAAGUCAAGCUGAAAGAACUUGAGUGUCACUUCACAUGGGGCAUAAGGAAGGCUGACAUUAAGGAACUGGACAGCAUCCCUGAAAAACUCCUGGAUCGAAUCAUGAAGUUCUGCCUUUCAAAAUACCAUGCCACAUAUUUCAACUUGCUAGCGUUUCUGAGCCACCUAGAGGGAAAUAAUGUUAGUGCUCUUGAGUAUCUCCACAAGGCUGAGAGUGCAUUGAAGGACAGACAGAAUGAUACAGAGUUACUGGUAACCUAUGCUAACUUUGCCUGGGUUCACUAUCACUCUGGGAACAUGGAUGAUGUGGAUGCCUACCUUGGAAAGCUGGAAAACAUCAAUAAGGGUAUUCCGAGGGCCUCAAAGAUUCAAGGUAGCUUACCUUCAGUACAUGGUGAAAAAGGUUGGAGCCUUAUCAGGCUUGGGGGAUUCUUUUAUAAAAAGGUAAAAGAGAGCUUCCAGAAAGCUCUUGAGGGGGAGCCAAACAAUGCAUCUUUCAAUGUGGGCUAUGCAAUGGUCCUGUACAGGUUGGAGGGCAUGGUCAGGGAUACGAAAGUGAGGUCAGAGGAAAGUGAAGCUACCACUCAGCUAAGGAAGGCGUUAUCCUUGGAGCCUGAUAACUCUGAGGUUAUGGUCCUCCUAGCCCUGAAACUUCAGAACAAAAAUAAACAAGAGUCCAUGAAACUCAUCAUAGAGGCCCUCAGACUGUCUCCUGACGUGCCUCACGUCACGCGUUACGUGGCAAAGUUCUUCAGAUACGAGGGCUCCGUCAAUGAGUCCCUACACAUUUUGGGGAAAGCUCUGGAGCUGUCUCCAAACUCCCAUUUCCUCCAUCACCAAAUUGGCCUGUGUCACAAACAGCAGCUCAGUCAGAUGUUUGAGCAGAAGAGGAAAGGGGGAAAGGUCAAUGGGGGCCAGAUAAAAGCCAAGGUGGAGGUCUGCAUCCGUCACUUCUCCAGAGCUGUGGAGCUGAAGCCCUCAAACAUCCACGCAAGGGUGAACCUGGCUGACGCCUACGGGAACAACUACCAGCUGGAGGAGGCGAUGAAGAUCUUCAUCAAUCUGGAGAAAGAUGAAUCACUCAUUGACUCAGACAAGCAGCACUGCUACACCAGCUUCGGCCUGUUUCUGUUCCACAAGAAGAAAGAUGAUGGCAGGGCUGUGACACAGUUCAAAAAGGCCUACCAGAUUCAGAUUGAGAGUUGGGACAGGAAGGAGGCUGGGAAGAAGCUGAAGCAGAUCGCAGAGAGGUGUCAGGCUAACAAGAAGAGAGUUGGCGAGGCCUCUGAGAUUUUGGCGUUCCUCGCCACUGAAGACAAAGAGGGGAGAAUGUCUGAAAAAAAUAAAGAGCCAAGGAGAGUCAAUAUGCACUCUCCAGACACAGAUGACCUUACAGAUGCCCUAGGCAAAGGAAUGAAACUCAAAUGAUUUAUCUUAUUGUAACACAACGCAUGGCUUACAUAGGAAUACUGCUAAAUGCAUUUUAAUGGUUUUAAUCGUGGAGUAACAUUCACUUCAAGUUGCGUGUAUGCUUCUUAAGUUUGAUUUUGUGUAAAGAUUUGAGUAAGAAUGUAUUACUUUUGCGAGAAAAAAAUGUAUGUCUUUGGAUGUGUCCCCUGUCGUGUAGUUGAUUAGAUAUCUUCACUGACUGUGAAACUGUUGUUGCUUAAACUGACAUUAACAUUGUGAAGAAAUAAUAAAACACUGUUCCAAAGUCUUGAUUAUCUUUUGUGCUUGUUAAAUUGCACUGUUUUUUCUACUUAUUUCCUAAAGCCAACAUUGCUUAAUAAAUGGAACCACGUCAGAUAUUUAAGUGUCCUAUUGCUCCCUCUAAGUAUCUCCAUGCUUGCACUUUGAUUUAAAUUUGGAGGGAGUUUGACAGACAGUGAGUCUAGCUACCACUGACUUAACAUGGAACAAUAAGAAAUGUCAUUAUUUUGAUUUGUUUAAAACAAAAUAAAAUGUAUUUCAUUACAGAUA